UUCUUCCAAUUGAGACCUUAACCAUUUGAUUUUAUGUGCUAUUUCAAGGUGGCGAAACAGGGCGGCGGCGGCGGCGAUGUGCCGGAGGCGAUCUUCUCAUCCGCCGGGGAGAUAAUCACCAUGGUCUCGGCUUUGACUCAUGUCAUUUCCAGUGGCGCUUCCCCCGGGUACGGCGGCGCUGGUGAUUUAUCUGGGGUUGGUUAUUCCUCUGGUUUUGCUCCACCGGCAACCACGGUGGCGGCAGGUGGUGGUUGUAGGAAAAGAGAGAGGGAAGAAGAUGGAGAAAGUGGAAUAAUGUGGGGAAGGGGAAUCGGAAAUGGCUAUAGCGGUGGCCGGAUUGUGGAUUUUGGAGCUGUACAGAGUUAUUGGGAGCCCUCUGUUUCAAUUUGUGGUGGUUCAAAUUCAAGUAACACCAUCUCCGCCGCCACGGGGACGAGAACGCCGGCAGCAAUUUCCGGCGAAGAAAACCCAAGAAGAAGAUAUAGAGGAGUGAGGCAGAGGCCAUGGGGAAAAUGGGCUGCCGAAAUUCGCGACCCUCAGAAGGCCACCAGAGUCUGGCUCGGAACUUUUGACACCGCCGAGGCCGCAGCCCGAGCCUACGACGGUGCAGCCUUGCGAUUCCGUGGCAGCAAAGCCAAGCUCAAUUUCCCUGAAUUCGUCACUGUCCUUCCGCCGUCUUCGCAGCCCAACGCCCAUUGGGCCCCAUCUCCGGUGGCUGCGCAGCCGCUGCAGCCCACUGGUUUCGGGAACUAUCUGCAGUAUUCGUAUUUUCCUCAAAACUCCGGCGAGUUCCCGGAACGGGUGUUUGUGAAUCCACCUUCUGGUGCAUCGAAUUUUGCUUUCCCAUUUUCUGAACAGCAGCGUAGAUUGUUCCGGCCACCGGAAAAUGAGAUGAAUGGCGGGAGUGGGAGCGGCGGGGCAUCUUCAUUUGGGUAUCGUCCACCGGCGGGCGAUGGAUAAUUUGAUUAUUUUUGUGUUUUACCAUUUAGAAAAACAUAAAAUUAGAGGUGUCCGUCCAAUGUAAUGGGAGAAAUUAAGGUUGUUGCCAUUUUUUCAUGUAGAUUUAAUGUUAAACAAUACUUUGAA